CAAGGCAGCGCUGGGCAGAGACCAGGGACCCUCUCACCCCCGGCGCUGCAAGGGCACAGAACCUGGGGCAAAGGGGAUUAACAUCUCUGGGCCUCGGCUCAGAGACCCGUGACAAUUACAGCACACUCGAGCUUGGAAAAAACGAGGAAGUUCGUGUUCCUUUUCUGCGAGGCUGAAAGCCGGCCGUUAAGGCAGAGGACGCCCUGCGAGGCGCCGGUAGAGACGCAACUCCGCGAACCGAGUCAUCCACGCCUCCAUCCUCAGCUCGCUAGAGUGUAUACUCUUGCUCAUAGAGAAAGAAGGAAGAGAAAGACCGGGAAAAAAAAGAGACAACGGUGGGGUCGGGCGCGGCCGAAGCCGGGUCCGAGUGGCGCGCGGCACUACGGCCACAGUGGUUCCGGGGCCUCCCUCCCGGGUGCGACCCCCGCGGUCUUGCGGCCCCGCGAGUGGAAGCCGAGGCCGCUGCUCCCACUCUUCGGGGCGCAGCCUCGCGCCUCGCGCCGCGGUCACCCGUCGCCGCUCCAGCUCCUCCGGGCCACGAAACCCGGGCCUCUCCCGCGGCCGAGCCACCUCCGCCCUCAUCGCUGUGACGAAUCGGCGCCCGGCGGGCCAGUACCCAAAUCCGGGGAGUUCUGGGGCACGUACGGGACCUGAAAAAAUCCUUGACUGUGCGAAGCACCACCGCGUCCUCACCAGAAGGUUUAUUUUUCUAAAGACAGUCGGUGAGGCCUGGAAAGGAAUUAAGAAGAGUGUUGAAAGUGCGAGUGCGGAAGCUCCGGACGCGAGGGGCGGGGCGUGCGCGGGACAAAGGGAAGCGAGGCCGGAGCUGCGGGCGUUUUUUCUGCCCGCGGUGUCUCAGAUUCAUUCUUAAGGAACUGAGAACUUAAUCUUCCAAAAUGUCAAAAAGACCAUCUUAUGCCCCACCUCCCACCCCAGCUCCUGCAACACAAAUGCCCAGCACACCAGGGUUUGUGGGAUACAAUCCAUACAGUCAUCUCGCCUACAACAACUACAGGCUGGGAGGGAACCCGGGCACCAACAGCCGGGUCACGGCAUCCUCUGGUAUUACGAUUCCAAAACCCCCAAAGCCACCAGAUAAGCCGCUGAUGCCCUACAUGAGGUACAGCAGAAAGGUCUGGGACCAAGUGAAAGCUUCCAACCCCGACCUGAAGUUGUGGGAGAUUGGCAAGAUUAUUGGUGGCAUGUGGCGAGAUCUCACUGAUGAAGAAAAACAAGAAUAUUUAAACGAAUACGAAGCAGAAAAGAUAGAGUACAAUGAAUCUAUGAAGGCCUAUCAUAAUUCUCCUGCCUACCUUGCUUACAUAAAUGCAAAAAGUCGUGCAGAAGCUGCUUUAGAGGAAGAAAGUCGACAGAGACAGUCUCGCAUGGAGAAAGGAGAACCCUACAUGAGCAUUCAGCCUGCUGAAGAUCCAGAUGAUUAUGAUGAUGGCUUUUCAAUGAAGCAUACAGCCACCGCCCGUUUCCAGAGAAACCACCGCCUCAUCAGUGAGAUCCUCAGUGAGAGUGUGGUGCCAGACGUUCGGUCGGUUGUCACAACAGCAAGAAUGCAGGUCCUUAAACGACAGGUCCAGUCCUUAAUGGUGCAUCAGCGAAAACUAGAAGCUGAACUUCUUCAAAUAGAAGAACGACACCAGGAAAAGAAGAGGAAAUUCCUGGAAAGCACAGAUUCAUUUAACAAUGAACUUAAAAGGUUAUGCGGCUUGAAAGUAGAAGUGGAUAUGGAAAAAAUUGCGGCAGAAAUUGCACAGGCAGAGGAACAGGCUCGCAGAAGGCAGGAGGAAAGGGAGAAAGAGGCAGCAGAGCAAGCUGAACGCAGUCAGAGUGGUGUUGUCCCCGAGGAAGAGCAAGCAGCUAAUAAGACUGAAGAAAAGAAGGAAGACGAGAACAUUCCAAUGGAGACAGAGGAGCCACACCUUGAAGAAACAACAGAAAGCCAACAGAACGGUGAAGAAGGCACGUCUACUCCUGAGGACAAGGAGAGUGGGCAGGAGGGAGUGGACAGUAUGGCAGAGGAAGGGACCAGUGAUAGUAACACUGGCUCGGAGAGCAACAGUGCAACAGUAGAGGAGCCACCAACAGAUCCCAUGCCAGAAGAUGAGAAAAAAGAAUAAAUGUUGCCUUGUUUUAUGUGUUCUAAAUACUUUUUUAAAUGAAAAAAUGGUUUUUGAGUUUUAA